GAUUAGAGAUGAAAGAGAGAUUAGCACGGGCAGGAGAGUUGAAGUCUUUUUCUCUGUCUCCAUUGGUGAGUCAGUGUAAAGACAGAAGAACCACACAGACAUCAGGAAAUCAGUACUUGAGUCUUCCUCAGGAUGCCUGAUCCAGGUAUUUUCUGCCCUGUAUUCAGCAAGUUACUAGUUUCGAGAUUGUGUUCAGUCCUCUGAAGCAGAUUUCUACUGCAUGCCUCGGAUACAUGCUGCUAAUCAGCUUACGAGCUUUCCUUGACCUACGCUUCUUUUCCUAACGCUGAUCUGACUAUGGCUGUCCUCAAAGUAAAAUUCACCAAAACUAAAAGGGACAAAUUGGCCCAGAUCUUGUGGAUCCUCAACUGGGUUUCUGUACUGAGCGGGAUCAUUCUCUUCAGUCUUGGCCUCUUUCUGAAAAUAGAGAUCAAGAAGCGCAAUGAAGUGAUGGCAAAAGGGGAUGUUAACUCUGUCCCCAACAUGCUGAUCUCUGUAGGAGUCAUAGCAUGUAUCAUCAACUUUCUGGGUGGCAAAAUCUGCUAUGACUGCUCAGAUGCCAACAAGUUCUCUCGAUGGAAACUAGUUAUGCUUCCAUACAUCGUAUGUACCUUCUGUUUUACCUUCUGCAUCCUGGUGGGUGCUCUCAUGUGCUAUACCAUGAGGAACGAGCUGGAAGAGUCUCUCUAUCUGGGACUGAGGGAUGCUAUUAAGUUCUAUAAGGACACGGACAUACCUGGACGAUGUUUCUUAAAGAAAACAGUGGAUAUGUUACAAAUUAGAUUCCAGUGCUGUGGAAACAAUGGCUUUAGAGACUGGUUUGAAAUUCAGUGGGUAUCUGUUCGUUAUCUGAAUAUGGCUUCCAAGGAAGUUCUGGACCGUCUAAAGAGCAAUGUUGAUGGAAAGUUCUUGGUGGAUGGAGUACCCUUCAGCUGCUGCAACCCAAGCUCCCCACGGCCCUGUAUCCAGUACCAGCUGACAAACAACAGCGCUCACUACAACUACGAUUUUCUGACAGAGGAGCUCAAUAUUUGGGUGAAGGGAUGCAGAGAGGCCCUGCUGGAUUACUACACAGCUAUUAUGAGAUCCAUCGGUAUUGCAGCAUUGCUUAUUUGGUUGUUUGAGCUCUCUGUACUUAUUGGUGUCCGGUACCUACAAACAGCAAUGAAGAAUGUCCUUCUGCUAGGAGAUUUGGAGGGUGAAUCAGAUGGUUGGUUACUAGAAAACAGCUUUGUGGAAACUGCCAAAUACAACAUCAGUAUCAUUAAGAACCUCGGCAAAGCCAACCAGAUCUCCACUGUCUCAGGCAUGAACGACCCCAAUAUUGAUGUUCAAAACACAAACUGUGGCAAAAACAAUAUUACAACAAAAUCUAUCCCAGCAGCUAGCUAG